UUCAUUAUUCUCUUUAACUACUAUAAAUAAUUAUUUAUGAAAAAGUAAGAAAGUAAUAUAUUUCAAACAUACUAUUGAAAAAAUUGAAGUAUUUAUUGUAUUUAUAUAUUCCAAACAUUCUGAAUUAAAUUUUUUUGCAUUGCAUAAUGUUUUCAAAUUCAUUAGUCAAUUUUUUCAAGCAAGGAAUAAACUCCUCUAAAAUCUUACACAAUGUUGUCUGUAAACGUAACUUAUAUGAACCAGCAGCAAUUGGGAUAGAUAAAUACCAAUUUUAUAGAGAUAAACUUAGUAAUCAAUAUUCUGAAGUUGACAGACAGACAUUUUUCAAACGUAUGACUUCAUUUUCUGAUCCAGAAUCUCUUAGUUUAAUAUUUACUGAAGACCUAAAGCAAAUUGUACAUAUGAUAAAUGAUAAUGAAGAAGAACUUUCACUUGUUGAAAAAAUGAUGAAAAAAUUUAAUCAACAAAGUAAAGGAUUACGUUUUGGAAACUUUACAUUUGGACCAGUUGUAAUGCGGAUGUACUAUCAUCUUAAUAAACCUGAAAGUGCUUUGAAAAUGUUUUUUGAACCAGAAUUAGAAGGAUUUUUUAAUCAUUUAACAUCUUAUCAAAUAUUAAUGGACUUAUUAUUUAUUAAUGCAAAGUAUGAUGAAAUAUUAAAUGUUUACAAAACAAUACAAGAAAGACAGUUGCAAAUCGCUAAAUUUCCUAAAGGAGUUAUGAUGUUAGUUUAUGCUGCGUGUUAUAAACUGAAUACAUCAGAAGCAUUUGAGUAUGCUUGUAAAUUGUGGACUGAACAACAAGAAGCUGGUCACAUACCUAUUAGAAAAACUGUUACUUUUUUUGCUGCUAACGCAUUAAAUCAAAACAGCCCUCAUAUUGCUCUAGAAGUAAUUUCAACUAUUAGAAAUCAGGCAUAUGUGACACUUCGUAACAUUAAAGUUGUUGCUUUAAGUGAUUUGGGAAGAAUCCAAGAUGUUUUACCGAUACUAAGAAGUGUUUUAUCUUUAGAUCAGCCUUCAGAUAGUUAUAAUAUAGCUGUUAAACAGACAUUUUGUAGAGAUGUUAUAAAUAUAGUUAAAAAUGCAGUUGAAAAAAGCGACAAUGAAGGAAUUAUGAUGGAAUUCAAUAGAAUAUUAAGUCAAUUUGAUGAAUUAAGCAUUAUAUCAGAAUCUACACUCGAUUCAAUUCUUUGUUCUAAUGUUAAAAUGAUUGAACGUCCAGAUAAAGAUUUUCGUCAGAACACUAUGGUAGCUGCUAGUUAUGACAAUAGUAGACCAUUUAAAAAACGCGAAUACAAACGCCCUGGCCUAAGUGAAAUGUUAUAGUUCUUAUUUUAAAUAUUUCAUGUUUCUUUAGAAUAAAAUGUAUUAUUUAUAAUUAUCAAAGUCAACCUA